GAGGGGAGGUUCAUAUAGUCUCCGCUGCUGAAGAGAGCAGCUCGUGCCUCGGCUCGGUGUGUGAGUCUCUUAGUCUGGUGUCUCGGGAGCUCAGAUCGCGUUUGUCAGAGAUGCUCGUGUUUUAGACGCAGCCAGCAUCAGUUUCCGUCGCGCUGAAAGGAAUGAGAGCAGAGCAUCAAUGUUUCACUGGGGCAAGUGGAAGAAGAGGAUGGGAGCGAACAGUUCAUCCAAGAGACCAGUGUUCGACGACAAAGAGGAUGUGAACUUCGAUCACUUCCAGAUUCUGCGUGCCAUCGGGAAAGGGAGCUUCGGGAAGGUGUGCAUCGUGCAGAAGAGGGACACAGAGAAGAUGUACGCCAUGAAGUACAUGAACAAGCAGCAGUGCAUCGAGCGGGACGAGGUCCGGAACGUCUUUAGAGAGCUUGAGAUCCUUCAGGAGAUUGAACAUGUGUUUUUAGUAAACCUCUGGUACUCGUUCCAGGACGAGGAGGACAUGUUCAUGGUGGUGGAUCUGCUGUUAGGAGGAGAUCUGCGCUAUCAUCUGCAGCAGAACGUGCAGUUCUCGGAGGACGCUGUCAAACUCUACCUGUGUGAGAUGACACUGGCGCUCGACUACCUGCAGAGCCAGCACAUCAUACACAGGGACAUCAAACCGGACAACAUCCUCCUGGACGAGCAAGGUCACGCGCAUCUAACAGACUUUAACAUCGCUACCAUAAUCAAGGACGGCGAACGAGCCACGGCGUUAGCGGGUACAAAGCCUUACAUGGCUCCAGAGAUCUUCCAGUCGUUCAUGAGCGGAGGAACCGGUUAUGCCUUUGAGGUGGACUGGUGGUCGCUGGGCGUGACGAUCUUUGAGGUUCUGCGAAGCUGGAGGCCGUACGACAUCCACGCCAGUAACUCGGUGGAGUCUCUGCUGCAGUUGUUCAGUACGGUCAGUGUUCAGUACAGCUCCUCCUGGAACAAAGACCUGGUCUCGCUGCUCAGGAAGUUAUUGACGGUAAACCCAGAGCAUCGCUUCUCUAGUCUGACUCAAAUGCAGACGGCACCCUACCUCUCCGAUGUCAACUGGGACGACGUUUAUGAGAAGAAGAUGGAGCCCGGCUUUGUUCCCAAUAAGGGUCGUCUGCACUGCGAUCCCACCUUUGAACUGGAGGAGAUGAUCCUGGAGUCCCGUCCUCUUCAUAAGAAGAAGAAGCGACUGGCAAAAAACAGAUCGAGAGACAACAGCAAAGAUUCUCAGUCUGAGAACGACUAUCUUCAGGAGUGCCUUGAAGUCGUCCAGCAAGAGUUCAUGAUUUUCAACCGUGAAAAGUCGAAGCGUCGGCAGGAGGAGGGCUGUAUGGGAGCAGAUGGAGACGCCGAUCCAGACGGAGACGGAGACGAGGCCGAGGGAGGAACGGAGGACGAAGAGACGGAGGCCGAACCCGAGGCCGAACCAGAGGCCUCCAAACUGAGCAUGUGUGGCUCGGUCUGCUCAUCUCCAGGAAGCUGCUAGCGCCCCCUGCUGUCUCGGAGCUGCUCACCGCGCCUUUAAAAGCCCUCGUGAUCCGAGCCGUGAGUGAGCCGCAUGGCUUCUUUCGUCUCUGUCGCUCCUAGAGUAAGUUUGAACUUCUAUGCAACGUAACUCUACAGCAUGAUGUAAAAUAGAGAUUUAGAGGCAAUUCUACAAUGUAAGACUGUUCGCUUGAGUAUGACGACGCCACAUGAAACCCGCCAGACGAUGGAGAUCUUCAUGAUGAAUCCACACACAUCAAGCUGCUUGAUGAGCAACUGAUAACUGACUUAAUUGUGUUUGUAUGUUUACAUGUGUGACUUCUUAUGGAUCAUGGAAGCAUCUGGUGCCUCUUGAAUUCAGGACAGAGUUUCCUGCUUUCAUGUGCUGCUCGAAGUCAGAUUGCUGGACUAAUAUUUGUUAUUAAAAAUAUAUGAGCUUAAAGUAUUAACUUAAGUAUUAGAAAUGAAGCAGAUGCUGUUCUGUGGGUGUUGUUUGAGACGUUUGACUUCCUCCAGCACUUUAAAGCAGAAAAUCCUGUGUCGAAUCAGAUCUAGAGUCAUUUGUUUUGUUUUCCUUGGACUGAUCUGUUUACAGUGAGAUGAAUCGGUUUAAUUGUACAUGAGGACAUCACAUGACCAUUUCUGCAGUGACAUCCGUGCUAACCAGUGCUGCAUUUAUUUGAUCAAAACAGUACAUUAAACAAAUUAAAAUAUUAUUCUAGUGUAAAUCAGCUGUUUUCUGUGUGAAUCUGUGUUAAAGUGUAAUUUAUUUCUGUGAUGCUCCGCUGUAUUUUCAGCAUCAUUCCUCCAGUCUUCAGUGUCACAUGAUCUUCAGAAAUCAGAAUAAUAUGAUGAUUUACUGCUCAAGAAACAUUUCUGAUUAUUAGCAAUGUUGAACACAGUUGUGCUGCUCGAUAUUUCUGUGGAAACUGUGAUACACUAUCAUUCAAAAAAAAAUGUUUUUAAAGAUAUUAAUCCUUUCUUUCAUCAAGGAUGCGUAACAUUGAUCAAAAGUGGCAUUAUAAAGGUGUUCUAUUUCAAAUAAAUAAUGUUCAUCUGAACUUCGUUUUUGUUUCGUCGUUGUCACUCAUGUGACACUGAAGA